CCGUCCUCCAAGAAAGAAAACGCGAGCUUCUUCUGGACUCUGGAGAGAGGAAACAGAACAAACUGUCGCCUCCUUCCCCCUCUCAAAAUCCCCGGCGAUUUCACCCUCUUCUUCGUCGGUACUAGCCAGGCGCACUCCAGACUGAUCCUCGCCGCUUUCCCAUCCCAAGCUUUGAGAUGGAUUCCAGCAAUGCACAGCCUGAAGGUUCAAAGCCAUCUGCUCCCCAAAACCCUGCCAUGGAUUCGUGCCGGAAGAAGAAAACUGAUGAUGCUACCUUCCUUGAAGAUGUGAAAGAGCACAUCGACGAGUUCAUCAACGCCUCCAUGGAUGAGCACAAGACCUGCUUCAAGAAGACCAUUUCAAAGAUGUUUGGCAUGUCGAAGAUUGUUGCGGAGCGGUCCGCUGCAGCAGCAGCAAAGGAAGCUGAAGUCGAGAGCGCUUUGCCUCUUCAGACCAGCGUGUCCCAGUAGAAGAAGGCAUUGGUGGUGGCAGCUUUGGUUCUUGUAUCAGUAGUCUAGCUAGUCACUAGCUGCUGAUAGUGCUUUUUCCGACAGUUGCUGUAUGAGCAAUUGAGCACCACUAUAAAUUUCUUCAAUGAAACUUUUUUCUUAGAUCUUGUAGCAAAAUUUGAAUAAUAGCAGCAGUAUGUAACAAACCUUGGACUCGAUGACUUUCAGGAAUAUAUGAAUUAUCCUGUGUCUCGACUGUAUUGGCCCAAAGGUAUUGGUCUUCGUCCGCAUUCUAGUUAUAUAAAGAUGAAAAGUAA